AACUCUGUCGUUAAAACGUGAAUGUAAAGACACCGAAUGAAAUAUUUACUUCCCUAGAAUUUAAGUAAAAUUCGGAUCCUUUUCUUUAUUCAACUUAAAAACACCGAAAAAUACCAUCGACGAUCGGUAUCACGUGACCUUGGAAGUUUUCGUAAACAGAACGGAGAAGGCGAAACAGAUGGACGACCGAAAAAUCGCGUGAAAAUUCCAUAUUUGGGGGCAAUAAUCGGCAUUCCUUGGCGAGAGGAAUGUAGUAUGACUGUCUGUCUAUCUGUGUGAGCGCAAGAUGCGGUAAAAAGUCGGGAGAUUGGAGAGAAAUAUGAAGCCCGGAACAGAAUCAUCAGAGAUGGAGGAUUACGUCUGGGACCCAGUUGCUAUGUUUGUUGAUGUAGGAAUUCUGAUUGUUGAGGCCCGGACUCCCGACCUGUCACUGAAAGGUCGAAUUGAGGGACCCCACUGUCCCCACCCACACGGAGGUCAGGGGGUCAAGGUCAAAGAUCUCCACCGCUGUGACCUUCAUCGUGAGCAGUGUCGUAGAGCGGAUCAGAUACAGACCCUGAUUACCGGACUGUCUCGUAACCACAUACCCCUCAACCUAGACGUCCUGCUCCUGCCGGGCUGUGAUCAUGGUCAGCGAGAGGCUUGUACUGUGGAGGGAAGCUCUGUCGGAAGUAACGACGACCUGAUUCUGUUAGAGCGAUGGGAAGUCUCACUGCAGCAGAAGAGGAGUGACCGACAGGAUCCACUGAGGGUGACGGGGCGGUUCCUUCUCCAGGCCCUGAGGUCUUACCUCCAUUUCUCACAGCUCAGCUCCUGGCUCAUCUCACUACAGGGUUGUCUGCCCCUGCAGGUUGUCUACAGGUUGUACUCCCCUGGAGAAUCUGAGGUCCAUGGAUUUACCUCCCCUGCGGAGAGACACAGUUUCCCGGUGGCUGACCUGGGGGCGGAGUUACUCCGGGUGUCUGUGGCCUCCCUGCCCAGACUCGCCCAGAUCCCUACACUGCUGUGUCAGGAUAGCAAGAACGGGGGUCGCAGGAAAAAACACAGUCCUGAUCUUCUUGAUGGGUCAAAGGUCAAGCAGAGUCCUGAUCUCUGUGAUAGGUCGGAGGUCAAGGAUGAAGCUCCUAUUUACAAGUCUGGUGCUGAGGCCUUUGUCCCAGAGGGAAUGUGGAGCAAGAAGACAGAAGAACUAAGGAGAACCUCCCCAGAGCUAUUUCAGGAUCAGAGAACCAGUUUAACUGAGGAUCAUCAGAGGACCAGCUUAAAAAGGCAGGGCCAAGAGCUAGGAGCUAUUCCAAAAAAGAAAAACUUGGCUUACAAGACUCAGGAGGCACACGCUGCCGCUAAGCCUCCAAUAGUGAAGAGGUUAGAGGGGAGUGGACCAGUGGAGAGGUUGGCUGGUUCCCCUGCCUCAGAAUUAAAGAAGUCGUUCAAAGCUCGACCCUUGCCCCUUGCGUCUGACAAAGGGGACAAUGAGAUGGACUCUGAUUUUCUAGUCCGCCGUCUGCCUAGUCCUAAAGUUCUGUUUACAACGGCCGGGAAAUCCACACAAAAAAUCUACAAGAAGCGCCACCUGGAUUUGAGUUCCCCGGAGUGUGCGGAUAAACAGGUACUUGCCAGUAAAAUCUCUGGCCUGGUCAGACCCCUCAAAGCCGAGGACUUGGAGAGUUACCUUACCAGCAUUUCCUCACAUCAAUCAGGGAAGCCUAUAGGAACCAGUUUAAGCAACAUUCCCACAAUGCAUUGUGAUUUUUAUUUUGGAGAUAAGAUGUUUCCUUCACACAAUGAACAUGCACUGAAAACUCUUUUACAGGAGAGCUCUGUUUCACCGUGGCUAAAGCAGUCAGAGAAGGAUGGAGAGUCGGACACUCCAACAACAAAACAGAGCCGAUCUCAAAGAUCUGUAGUGUGUAACCUGCAGGAAAAACUAGCUCAGGAAUCUCAGCAUUCUUCUUCAGAGAAAGCACAAACCUGUAUUACGUACCAACAUUCUCCGGAAUUCCCUGAGAGCGGAGAAGAGUGGGGAUUUAUGAAGGAAUGGAAAACUGAAGUUUACCCAGCAAAUAAGAAAAAAAAUCGUGGAGAAUCAAGUUCUAAAACACAGAAGCCAUCAAAGAAGGUUGAAACACAUGAUAACCACAGAAAUGGGGACAACACAGCCACAUUCAUUCCCACAGACUGUGUUGUAACGUGUGAUAAAGAUGAUAGAAACAGAGAUAAGAGAAUUCCAGAUAAAAUAACAGAUGUCUCAUGCCACUCUCUAUCCCUGUUUGAUGACUUUGUAGAUGACAUCAAUGACAUUCAGUCUGGCUCUAGUGCUUCGUUAACCAAUAUACCUUGUGUCAACAGUAGGUUAUAUUCUCCACAAAAUGGACGACCCGUAGACUCAUUGUCUUCACAACCUUCACCUGUGUAUUCUACAGAGAAGUCUAAACAGGAGCACUGUCCCAAUCAAAAUAAAACUCAUGAAUUUCAGAACGAGGCUCAUCAGGUUCAAUAUGAGGCUAAUCUUGGUCAUAAAUAUUCAGACUUUAGACCAAGUUUCAAAAAGAGUUUUUCUGAGCCAGAGAUGCUGGGAAACCAGUUGAGUCUGAGUCAGCUGAAUGAUUUAAAGCUUUCACCUGAUGAGAAUCUGGCAGAUUUAGAUUCUGUGUUAUCGAGAUCAUUCCACGAUAUCUUGUGUUUGGACAAGUCCUCCAGUGACUCGACUCCUACCAACAGCUUGUUGAAUUCCAACGGGUUCCAGCAGUACGGUGAACAGGACGAUGCUUCAGUUGAUGAGGUCAAAACACUCAGAAAUAAACACUUGAUGAACCAAGAUCUACUGGUCUCGGAUAGCUAUGUAAAUUGUAAGUCCGGCAUGGUCAUGGAAAGUACUCAGAAUUGUGUUCAGAAUAACGGUGUUACUACUGUCAGUUCCACUCCUGCAAAAACUGUGUCUCACUGUGAGGAGACAGAGUCUGAGGAAACUGUGGUUCUAAAUAAUGGGAACCUUGAUGAUACCUCAAACAGCUGUCAUAAAGAAAGAAAUGGAGUUAUAAGUGAUAGUAUAAAAAAUGGAUUCCUGAUGGGAGCAUCAGAAAAACCCAUAAAAACUGGAGUCAUGGGAUGUGAACUGAGAACAGGCAAGGAGAAUGGAUCAUGUAAAGAUGAGAAGAGAUGUAAUAAGAACACUGUGGAGGAAGAAAGUCUGCAGGUGAAGAAAUCUCUGUGUACACAGCUCCUGAAGAAGGAACUUCAUCGAACCAACAAGGGGGGCCGUAAUGAAAUCCAGACAAAGUAUCCCUCCCGGGAGCAAGUUCACCAUUUCCAGAGGAAUCUAAAGGAAUCCUCUAACAUGAUGUUUAACUCCAGUACGGGUCUUCCCUCCCGAUCUAGUCCUGUAAGUAACUUGUUCAACUCCAGUACAGGUCUCCCCUCCCGAUCUAGUCCUGCUCCACUGAAGAGGAGAGCAGUGGGAAGAUUUGACUAUGACAAUACCCUGGUCAACUCUACAGCCAUCAAAAAUGCUUUGUCUUGCUCCAAACUGACCUUCGAGUCGGAAAGUUCAAGGUCAGUUGUGGUUACGCCUGACCGGACAUUGAGUACAUCUGCACCUGCUUCUACCAACUGCCUGCUGGGAAACUUUGAGGAGUCGGUGUUGAAUGGGAGGAUCGAGCCAAUCGGUGUGGUGGAUGGAUUUACCUGUGACAUCGGGGCCGGGGGAUCCUUCUGUCCCAAACACGUGUCACUUCCUGUCACUGCCUACUUCUUCCAGCUGUCUGAUGACAACGCCCCCUCACCCUACCUGGGCCAUAUAAACCUGGAAAGCAUAGGGAAGAAAGGCUACCACAUCCCAAAGUGUGGCACCGUACAGGUGACUUUAUUUAAUCCAAACAAGACGGUCAUCAAAAUGUUUGUUGUCAUGUAUGAUCUCAGUGAUAUGCCGCCACAUUGUCAAACAUUCCUCCGACAGAGAACAGUGUAUAUGCCAGUAGAAGAAAACAGUUCUCAGCCAUCCUAUCUCAGAUAUCUCAUUCAUCUCAGGUUUGCUAGUUCCAAAUCUGGCAAGAUCUUCCUCCACACAGACAUAAGGGUGCUGUUUGCCAGGGACAAGUUUGAAUUUGACCCCAGUGUCGCUAAAUAUGAACUUCGAUCCUUCACUGAGGUGCCCUCUAACCCCAAGUUCUCCCCCCGCAGGUGACGAGGGCCAAUAUUAGGUCAAAGGUCGUGUGUGUGAGAAUGGGGUUUGAUAAACAAUGAUUGGGUUGGGUGUACUUGUUUCGGGUGAAAGUGAUUCACACAUGUUGUAACGUGUGACUUUGCAUGUGAUAAUUUAUAGUUAAGUUAUUGUGAGAAGAUUUUAGGAUGAAGUGUGGAUGCCAGUGCUUUUGUAUUGAACUAUGUGAUGUCCCGGAUACGGAUUUGAUUUACGUUGUAUGAGAUGAUCAUAUAGCUUUUUAUUCAAUUGUUAAAAUAUUUUGUCCGUUUUCUGUUUAUGAAAGUAAAAAAUGUAUAUCAUCCUGUCUAUUAACACUGUUUCUGAUCUUAUCUCUAAGAUUAAAGCAAUUACUUCUUAGAAAGUUAAGAUUUUGAUUGAAAGCAGAAAACGUCCUGACAUCCAGGAUAGGUGACUUGUUUGUAACGUUUUACGAGAAUAUAUGACAUUAUUUAUUUACAAGAGAAAUGAUACUUGCUCAUUUAUCUGAUAUUUGUUUCUCUCUCUAUGUUUCUUUCCCUUUCUAUUUUGUUUCAUAUCUUUGGAAUUUAUGCUACUUUUAUUGAAUUGUUUUGAUUUAAUUUUAGUAUGGUCUGUUCUGUUUAGAGUUAUGAAAGAUUACAUGGUUUUUUAAAACAGUUAUGAAUGAUGCCUGCUUUGUGCUGAAAAUAAACAUACUAAAAACAAAGUUAUCUUUUU